AUGCAAGUAGAGUACGCAUCAGAAAGAAUAGAAGAGCUUUCAAAGUCAAUAGAGCCUGCAGAAAGCUGCAAUCUGCGCUACCACACAAAGCCACUGCGAACCGUCAAGUUCAACCCAGAUGGCGAUCUACUCUUCUCCUCCUGCACGAACGGAUGGCUUGCUGUCUGGAGAGUGUCGAAUGGCGAGAGAAUAGGAAAGUACGUAGGACACACAGGAGCCAUUGUUGGCUUUGACAUAAACAAAGAAGGAACCAAAAUAGCAACAGGAGGAGCAGAUAUGAGGUCAAAUAUCUACGAUAUCGAAACAGGAAAACAGCUUUUUUCGUUUGAUACGGUAGUAACCACUAAAGAUGUCUCUUUUACAGCAGACAGCAGGAGAUUAGUGCUCUGCACCGAUGCCAUAAUGGGGCAAAAGCCCAAAGUGUGGGUGUAUGAUGUGGCCAGCGGCGAGCUGAUAAAAAACAUAGAAACACAGACCAUCCCAACUGCCAUCAGAGCCACGCUAGAUGAGAAGAUAAUAUACGGAGACACCGAAGGGAAUGUGACCCUUAUCGACGAGAGAUCUUUUGAUCUGAUAUCCUCUAAAAAAAUGCACCAGUCCAAAAUCAAGUCGCUGACACCGUCAUUCUGCAAUACUUACUUUGUCUCAGCAUCAACGGACUUUAAGAGCAAAAUAAUCAGAGCAGACAACAAUAAAGUCGCAGCAGUGCGAGAGUUUCUAUCAGACUCUCCUAAUAACGCUGCGAGAGUCUCGCCUGACAACAGAAUGCUUAUUUCUGCAGGAGGAGUGGAUGCGAGAGAUGUAACCACGUCAACAGGGCAGGGUAACUUCAAUGUAGAGAUCUUUGACUGCGCAACCUCCAAACUGGUGGGAUACUACAAGACACACUUUGGUACUGUCAACACGCUAGACAUCCAUCCUUCUGGAGGCGUUAUGGCAUCUGGCGGAGAGGAUGGAGUUCUCUAUUUGCUAAAAAUGGACGACAGUGCUUUUGUCAAUGCAUCCUUUGUUCCCAUAAAAGGAUCCGAAAUAUAA